CUGGAGUUCCGACGCCAGACAGGGAGAGAUGCCCAGGAGGGUCUCACAGCCUUCCUGGAGAGAAGCAGCAAGGCCCUCUAUAAGCUUUUCUGUAUGAAAUCAUCAUCAAAACAAAAGGCAAAACAAAUAUUAGAAGCUGCCGAGAACUGCCCAGAAGAGGGUAAAACUCUCCUUGCCAACGGUGCCCUGAUCUUGCUGCCAUGCCUGCUGAAGGAAAGAAGCGACAACCUCGUGAAGAGCCUGGAGCCGGGCACCCAGUACAUCAACCCAAGUAUUGUGUACACUGGUGAGGACGCGCUCACGUCUUCAGCGUAUGCGGUCAGAGUAGAAGGUUUGACCAUUGAUGCUGCAAGCCUUAAACAAGCAGUGGCAUUGUUGAUCUGCCUGUUCUGGGCUUUUAACAUUGAAUACUCAGUGGAAAUCAAAAAUACACUCACCCUUCUUGAGCGUGCCAUUGGGGUUUCACACACAAAAAUGGGCACACGUGCAUUGCAAGUCUGGAGCUGCUUGUGAGUUCCAGACUUGCUUUCGUUAAUUUAUAAUAAAGCUGUUCAUAGUGUACCAUCUGUGCAGUGCCUUAUAAAGACUUGUUUUAGAGUUGAACGUUGUUUUAAACCUAAGUUAGUACUUUAAUUGAUGCCAUUCUUUUUUUAAACGAAAGCCUUUUGAUUUCAUUGUGUACUCUAUACUUUGAAAAUAAACACAUUAAAAACA